GUGAACUACCUGCAGCAUGCACACUAUAUGACUACUUCUAUGAUGGAGAGCAGAAAAAGUGGAUCCCCUGGUCAAAGUUGGUGCCAAAGUACGUGCACAAUCCUGACCUUAGGUUUUAUGAAAUCCUGGUACCAACAGUUGAUACAGUCAGAGCAACAUGGUUGUUGGGACUGAUGGUCCAAAUAAAACGGCCAGUUGUUCUUGUUGGUGAAACUGGGACAUCCAAGACAGCUACUAUUGCAAACUUUCUGCGAACUUUGAACCAAGAGCAACAUCUGCUGCUGAACAUGAACUUCUCUUCCCGAACCACAUCUAUGGACAUCCAGCGUAACAUUGAGUCUAACCUUGAGAAGAGAACCAAGGACACAUACGGACCUCCACCUGGCAAACGGCUCAUUAUUUUCAUUGAUGACAUGAACAUGCCCCAAGUGGAUACUUAUGGAACCCAACAGCCCAUUGCACUGCUGAAGCUUCUCCUUGAGCGUGGAGGCAUGUAUGACCGAGGCAAAGAUCUCAACUGGAAGAACAUGAAAGACAUGGGUUAUAUUGCAGCCAUGGGGAAGGCUGGUGGUGGCCGCAAUGAAACAGAUCCUCGCUUCAUCUCACUUUUCUCUGUUUUCAACAUGAUAUUCCCUGAUGGAGAAUCACUCAUCCAGAUCUAUAACUCAAUCCUUGAAGGUCACCUGCAGCCAUUUACAAAAGAACUUCAAGAUUUGUCAUCCAUUGUCACAGACAUGACUAUGAACCUUUACAGCCAUGUUGUGAAGGAGCUGCCACCCACGCCAUCAAAGUUUCAUUAUAUUUUCAACUUGCGAGAUCUGUCUCGGAUCUACAAUGGUCUCUGCCUCUCCACUCCAGACCGAUUCUCAAAAGUUGAACAGUUCUUGAGGCUUUGGAGAAAUGAAUGCUUCAGGAUCAUCAGUGACAGACUAAUCAGUGAUGAGGACAAGGCUGUGAUUACAAAAAAGCUGUCAGCCUUGUUAGAGGAGAACUUCAAGCCCCACAUAGACUACGUGUGUAGAGAACCCAUGUUGUUUGGGGACUUCCGCACAGCUCUGGAUGAGGGAGAACCACGACUGUAUGAGGACAUCCAGGAUUAUGAAGCAGCACAAGCUCUUUUUCAAGAGAUUUUGGAAGAUUAUAAUUCCAUCAAGACACCCAUGAAUCUUGUCUUGUUUGACGAUGCAUUGGAGCACUUGUGUCGUGUACAUCGAGUGCUACGUAUGGACAGAGGGCAUGCCUUGUUAGUCGGAGUUGGAGGCAGUGGAAAGCAGAGCUUAUGUCGAUUAGCAUCAUAUGCCGCAGGCUGCCAGGUUUUUGAAAUUACUUUAAUUAGAGGCUACAAUGAGAACUCCUUCAGAGAAGAUUUGAGAAGCCUGUACAAUAAACUUGGCAUGGAGAACCACAAAGUUUCCUUCAUGUUCACAGACCAGCAUGUUGUAGAAGAAGGAUUCCUGGAGUUAAUCAACAAUAUGCUGACCUCAGGCAUGGUCCCAGCUCUGUAUGCUGAUGAUGAGAAAGAAAUUAUUAUUGGACAGCUGAGAGAUGAGGCAGUGAAAGCAGGUGUGGGACAUGCAAGAGAGAGCAUCUGGCAAUACUUCAUCAACAAAUGUGCCAACAAUCUUCAUAUUGUCCUGGCCAUGUCUCCAGUUGGUGACAUGUUGAGAACUCGCUGCAGGAACUUCCCUGGAAUGGUGAACAAUGCCAGCAUUGACUGGUUCUUCCCUUGGCCAGAACAAGCCCUGUAUGCAGUUGCCAGUGUCUUCAUCUCACCAGAGAACCCACUGAUCCCUGUCAACAAAAGAGAAGACAUUGUAACCCAUAUUGUGAUGGUGCACCAGUCUAUUGGUGUUUACAGCAUUAAGUUCUCACAGCGGCUCCGCAGAAAUAAUUAUGUCACACCCAAGAACUACCUUGACUUCAUUAACACAUACCUGAAGCUCUUGAAUGAUCAGGACAAGUUUAUUUUGGCACAGUGUGAAAGGCUGCAAGGAGGUUUACAAAAAAUUGCUGAUGCCAGCGAGAUGUUGGUUGUGCUUAAUGAGAAGCUAGCAGUUCAGAAAGUUGCUGUCACAGAGAAAACCAGAGCUUGUGAGGCCCUGCUGGCUGAGAUUGCUGCAGGCACUAAAACUGCUACAGAGAAAAAGGCAUUUGCUGAAGCUAAAGGACAGGAGAUUGCUGAACAGAGCAAAGUCAUCGAAACAGAAAAGAAAGAAGCAGAAGACACCCUUGCAGAAGCUCUGCCAGCACUGGAGGCUGCCAGACUUGCUUUGGACGACCUUGAUAGAAAUGAUGUCACUGAAAUCAGAUCAUUUGCCAAACCACCAAGGGAAGUACAGACAGUCUGUGAGUGCAUUGUGGUCAUGAAGGGGGUUCGUGAAGUAUCAUGGAAAACUGCCAAAGGAUUAAUGUCUGAAACCAACUUUCUGAGAACUCUUAAAGAGAUGGAUGUGGAUAACAUUAGCCAACGGCAGAUAACCACAGUCAAAGGUUUGCUGAAAGAUAUUGACAUGACCCCUGACCAGAUGAAAAGUAUCAGUAAAGCCGGUGCGGGUCUGCUGAAGUUUGUGGAUGCAGUGAUGGGCUACUGUGCUGUAGCAAGAGAGAUCAAACCCAAGAGGGAGAAGGUCGCAAAACUUGAGAGAAUAUUCUUUCAGGCCACACGGGACUUGGAGAAAGUCACCAAGGAAGUGAGUGCUCUAGAAGAAGAGUUACAAGGACUGAACAAGAAAUAUGAGGAAGCAAUGGUCGAGAAACAGGCGCUGGAAGAUGAGACACGGAUCAUGGAAAGGCGGCUGAUUGCUGCUGACAAACUCAUUUCUGGUCUUGGCUCUGAGAAUAUCAGAUGGACAAAAGACCUUGAAAAGCUGAAGAAAAAGAGAGUUCAACUCUUGGGUGACUGCCUUAACAGCGUUGAUGCUGGUUACAACUGCACAGUGUGGACAUCAGAAGGUCUUCCUCCAGAUGAAUUGUCCAUACAGAAUGGCAUCUUGACCACUCGCUGCAGCAGGUUCCCCUUGUGUAUAGACCCUCAACAGCAGGCUGUCAACUGGAUCAAGAAAAAAGAGGAGCCAAACAAUCUCAAGGUUUGCACAUUCAAUGACCCAGACUUCCUGAAGCAGUUGGAACUAGCCAUCAAAUAUGGCUUCCCAUUUUUGUUUCAAGAUGUGGAUGAGUACAUAGAUCCUGUCAUUGAUAAUGUUCUGGAGAAGAAUAUAAAAGGUAAUCAAGGUCGUGAGUUUGUGAUGCUGGGAGACAAGGAAGUGGACAUUGAUCCCAAUUUCAGACUUUACCUAAACACCAAACUGGCAAACCCAAAAUAUGGACCAAACAUUUUUGGGAAAUCCAUGGUCAUCAACUAUACAGUAACACUGAAAGGUCUGGAAGAUCAGCUCCUCAGUGUCAUUGUCAAGUAUGAGAGAAAAGAACUGGAGGAGCAGAGAGAAAGACUUAUACAAGAAACCAGCGUCAACAAGAAAUUGUUGAAGGAUCUGGAAGAUUCCCUGCUGAGAGAGCUGGCCCAGUCCCAGGGCAACAUGCUGGACAAUGUAGAGCUUGUUGACACCCUAGAAGAGACAAAGACUAAAGCAACAGAGGUAACAGAAAAACUGAAACUGGGAGAAAAAACUGCAAUCGACAUUGAGAAACUCCGAGAUGGAUAUCGUCCGGCUGCUAAGCGAGGAGCCAUCCUAUUUUUCGUCCUGGCAGAGAUGUCACAAGUGAAUUCCAUGUACCAAUAUUCACUGGCCUCUUACCUGGAUGUCUUUCAACUUUCUCUGAAAAAGAGCUACCCUGAUUCUGUGCUGCUGAAACGGCUUCGUAACAUCAUGGAUACACUCACCCACAACAUUUAUAACUAUGGCUGUACUGGUAUCUUUGAGAAACAUAAGUUGCUGUUUUCAUUCCAAAUCAAUAUCAAGUUGGAAAUGGACAAGAAAGCAGUUACACAAGAUGAAUUAGAUUUCUUCAUUAAGGGUAAGGUAGCUCUGGAGAAAAGCAAGCGAAAGAAACCCUUCCCAUGGUUCCCUGACGAAGGAUGGGAGGACUGCAAUCGUUUGGCAACAGAUUAUCCUGUCUUUGGAUCGUUACUUGAUGAUGUAGAACACAAUGAGAAAGUAUGGAAGACGUGGUUUGAUCAUGACACCCCAGAAUCACAGCCAUUCCCAUUGAACUAUGAUGAGAAAAUCAGCCAUUUCCAGAGGUUAAUGCUCCUGCGUUGCUUCCGCAUCGAUCGUAUCUACAGAGCUGUCACAGAGUACAUUACAAAGACUAUGGGAGAGAAAUAUGUCACACCGCCCAUUGUGAGUUUUGAGAACAUUUAUGAGCAGAGCACUCCUGCCUCUCCGACAGUGUUCAUUCUCAGCCCAGGGUCUGACCCUGCAAGUGAUCUGAUCAAACUGGCAGACAGAAUUGAGUUCGGGAGCAACAAACUCAAGUUUCUGUCGAUGGGUCAAGGACAAGAAAAGAUUGCCCUUCACCUUCUGGAGACAGCCAUGUCCCGUGGCCAGUGGCUGAUGCUACAGAACUGCCACCUGCUGGUGAAGUGGUUGAGAGACCUUGACAAGCAGUUAGAAAAAAUGGUCAAGCCGCAUCCAGACUUCAGGUUAUGGCUGACCACGGAGCCUACACCAUCAUUUCCUAUCAGCAUCUUGCAGCGGUCACUAAAGGUUGUUACUGAACCCCCCAACGGCCUGAAACUGAACAUGCGCAGCACCUACCACAAGAUUUCUGCAACAGCAUUGUCAGAAUGUCAACACCCUGCAUUUCCUGCCCUUGUUUUCACUCUUGCUUUUUUCCACGCUGUGGUUCAAGAGAGGAGAAAAUAUGGAAAGAUUGGCUGGAAUGUCAGCUAUGAUUUCAGCGAGAGUGACUUUCAUGUGUGCAUGCAGAUCUUGAACACAUACCUCAGCAAGGCUUUGGAGCAAGGAGACAACAAGAUUCCCUGGAACAGUCUGAAGUAUCUUAUAGGAGAUGUGAUGUAUGGAGGUCGAGCGAUCGAUGAUUUUGACCGUCGUAUUCUGAAAACCUAUAUGGAUGAAUACAUGGGAGAUUUCAUUUUUGACACUUUCCAACCAUUCCACUUCUACCAUGAUGAAAAUGUGGAUUAUUAUAUACCUCAAGAUGGUUCCAGGGAUGUUUAUGUUGACUACAUAGAGAGCUUGCCACUGGCCAACACACCGGAGGUGUUUGGCCUGCACCCAAAUGCUGAGAUUGGUUACUACACACAGGCUGCUAGAGACAUGUGGUGCCAUCUGGUGGAGCUGCAGCCUCAGACAGGCGAAUCUUCCUUGGGCAAAAGUCGUGAGGAAUUCAUUGACCAGAUUGCACAAGAUGUUUUAAACAAGCUGCCAGCUGAAUUUGAUAUGGACAAGAUCCGUAAAAAUCUGGGAAUUGAUAUUGGUCCUACCACUGUUGUCUUGCUGCAAGAACUGGAGAGAUUUAACUUACUAACAAUUCGCAUGAGGAGAUCACUUGGUACACUGAAGAGGGCUCUGGCAGGAGAAGUGGGAAUGUCCAGUGAGCUGGAUGAUGUUGCCAGAUCACUUUAUAAUGGUAUGAUCCCUUCCAUCUGGAGACGUUUAGCUCCUGAUACACUGAAGGCCCUCGGCAACUGGAUGCUCCACUUUGAAAGAAGAUACAAGCAGUACAACACAUGGGUUAAUGAAGCAGAGCCCUCAGUGAUGUGGCUGUCUGGUCUUCACAUCCCAGAAUCCUAUCUGACAGCAUUAGUCCAGGCUACAUGUAGAAAGAAUGGCUGGCCCCUGGACAAGUCAACACUGUACACGUCUGUAACACAAUAUAAGCACACAGAAGAUGUCACAGAAAGAACAGCUUCAGGAUGUUUUGUCCAUGGCUUGUAUUUGGAAGGCGCUGGUUGGGAUCUAGAGAAAAUGCAUUUGAUUCCUCAGAAACCGAAACAGUUGAUCCAGGAACUUCCUGUUCUGAAGAUCAUCCCAAUAGAAUCUCACAGGCUCAAGCUGCAGAACACUUUGCGUACACCUGUGUACAUGACCUCCAUGCGUCGCAACGCCAUGGGAAUUGGGCUUGUCUUUGAGGCUGAUCUGGCAACACACGAACAUGUCUCUCACUGGGUGUUGCAAGGAGUGUGUCUCAUCCUCAACGCUGACUAG